AGCCCUUUCGGCUUCCGGCCUAUGUAGCUACCGCCCGAUGCGGUUCCUUACCCUGGCCCUGAUCUCCUCGGCCCUGGCACUGGCCCCCGACUUUGCGGAACAGGCCAAGCAGGCAUCGGAGAAGGCCUGGGAGCAUGCAAAAGAGUUGAAGACGUCGGCGAAGGAUGCGGCCAAGAUCUCGGAGGAGGUGAAGGCUGCCGGUGAGGGAGCCAAGGCAGCCAUGGAGAAGGCCAAGGAGCUGGACGCCCAGAUGUCGAAGCUCUACGCGUCGACACGGCAGAGCACCGUGGCCGCGGCCAGCGCGGCCGCUAUGGCCUACUACCAGGAGGUAAAGCAGGCUGGCGCCCAAGCCGUUGCGGAGGCUGCCCGGCCAGUGAGCGGUGCAGAGGAGGAGGAGAGGGUGGCAAAGGCGGCCAUCGAGGCGGCCAUGCCCUACCACGAGGCGCAGGUGGUGGCGCAGAAGCGGGCGGCGGACUACCAGCUCCGGGCGCAGGCCAUGAGCGCAGCUGGCAACCAGCUGCAAGUGGAGGGUGUGCGCUUAGCUCCCAGUGCCGCAGGCUACCAGCAGACGGGAAAGCCCAAAGAGGCCAACCAGAUCAUCAUGACAGCGCACAUGUUGGUGGAUCAAGGCCUGAAGUUGAAGCGCCAAGCCAAGACCAUCCACCAGACCGCCGUGGAGCUCAACGACGCGCUGCCGGCCUACAGAUCCGCGGAGCAGGCCGCCACCCUGCAUGCUGCCGCCAUGGCAGCUGGGCAACUGCUGCCCACCAACGCGCCGCCCUACUAGGUCGCGACCGGCUCGGCGCGGAGCGCCGAGCCGAAAAGAGAUGUGAGCGUCAGCACUGCAUGCAUCAUUCGUUGGUUUGCAGAUUCGGGCAGAUUCGGGCAGAUUCGGGCAG